CGCUUCCUCUCCCCAGCGCACACGCGCGCCGCGCACGCAACUCAGACCCGGCGAGAUGGUGAUGGCUCAGAAGACGAAGGAGGCGGAGAUCACGGAGCAGGAUUCGCUGCUUCUAACAAGGAAUUUGCUUCGGAUUGCCAUAUACAACAUCAGCUACAUCAGAGGCCUAUUCCAUGAAAAAUACUUCAGUGAUAAGUCGGUUCCAGCACUAGAGAUGAAGAUUAAGAAGCUGAUGCCGAUGGAUGCCGAGUCGAGGAGGCUGAUCGAUUGGAUGGAGAAAGGUGUCUAUGAUGCUUUGCAAAAGAAAUAUCUCAAGACCCUUCUCUUUUGUAUCUGUGAGGAGGAGGAAGGCCCGAUGAUUGAGGAGUAUGCCUUCUCAUUUAGCUACCCCAACACCAGUACUGAGGAAGUUGCAAUGAACAUGAGUCGUACAGGUAGCAAAAAGGGUAGCACUACAUUUACUUCAAAUGCUUCAGAAGUAACUCCUGAUCAGAUGAGGAGCUCUGCUUGUAAGAUGAUCAGAACGCUGGUUUCACUUAUGAGGACCUUGGACCCAAUGCCAGAGGAGCGAACCAUUCUAAUGAAGCUGCUGUACUAUGAUGAUGUCACACCUGAGGAUUAUGAGCCUCCUUUCUUCAAGGGUUGUGCUGAAAAUGAAGCUAUUAAUAUAUGGAAUAAGAACCCCUUGAAGAUGGAAGUGGGGAAUGUCAAUAGCAAGCACCUUGUGUUAGCUUUGAAGGUUAAGAGUGUCCUUGAUCCAUGUGACGACAACAAUGUUAACAGUGGAGAUGAUGGCAUGAGUGUGGAUAUUGAGUCAGAUCAAGAUGGUGACUUUUCUGAUACUGAGGUUCGUCCAUCUGAGGCAGAUCGUUACGUUGUAGCUCCUAAUGAUGGAAAAUGCAAAGGUCAGAGUACUGGUACUAUUUCAGAAGAUGAUACUCAAGAUGCUGCUCAUGAGGAAGAGCUAACAGCCCAAGUAAAAGUGUGGAUAUGCUCAAAAGAAAUUGGAACAAUUAAUGUUUCAGAUGUCCUUUCUAACUUCCCUGACAUAUCCAUGGAAAUGGUUGAAGAUAUCAUGGAGAGGCUACUUAAAGAUGGUGUACUAUCCAGGGCAAGCAAAGAUGGUUAUACUAUCAACCAGACUGUUGAUCCUAAAACACCUCAUAUAAAGAAGGAGGUCAUCAUGCAAAAUGUAUCACCUACUGAAGGAACCAAACAGAACAAUGAUGAUUUGAUAUAUAUGAAGGCAUUAUAUCAUGCACUUCCAAUGGAUUAUGUGACAAUAGCCAAACUUCAAGGAAAGCUGGAUGGGAAAGCCAGCCAGAAUACGGUCCGAAAGUUAAUCGACAAAAUGGUGCAAGAUGGAUACGUGAAGCAUUCAGCCAACCGAAGGCUGGGCAAAGCAGUCAUUCAUUCCGAAUCCAGUAACAGAAAGCUCCUUGAGAUAAAAAAGAUACUGGAAGGCAAUGACGGCGAACAGAUGGCCAUUGACACCAACGCAGAGCAUGCUGAGUCUGAGCACAAAGAACUUCUGAAAGUCCAUGAAAUGAGAGAUGGCUCCACAAUGGGUUGCCUCCACUCAAUCGGAUCUGAUCUUACCCGUACCCGGGAGCUACCAGAGUUGCAGCAGAAUGUGUCCAUGCAGAGUGGGCAAGAAGCUUCGGCAAUGGAUAAGGAUCCUAGCAGGACUCCCACAAGUGCGCGUGAGCUGGCUGUGCCUGUUUGUUCCCUGGAGAGUGGAGUACUUGGGCAGAAAAUCAAAAGAUCCCUUAAUGUUGGUAGUGAGAUGCAAUCUACCCAGGACAAGCGAUCCAGGAAGGCUAGCAUGGUGAAGGAGCCGAUACUCCAGCAGGGCCGGCGCCACCGCUACGGCAGCAAGCACCGGGACGAACUCGGCGCCACGCUCACCCGCUUCCGCUCCAAGCUAUCCGACCUCCGCCGCGCCCUCCUCCAGGGCUCCCCCUCUUCCCAGCCGCCGCGGCCCCGCCUCUGGUGCCCAUUCUGCUCCACCGACCUCGUCGACCUCGACGACCUCUCCGCCUGUAGCAAUGCGAUUUACCAUCUGGCAAGUGGUGAGCACCUGAAGGGUGUGAAGGAUUUCCUGCGGAAGCAUGGUGGAGGGAUGGAUCAGGUAGAUUCACUUAGGAUUUCAGAGGAUGAGCUUGCUAAGUGGGAGAAAGGCUGUGAAUCCUUUGGCAAAGGAGCAAAGAUGGAGACUGAAGGGCUGAUUGGACCAUCCCUUGGGCCAUUGAAAGAUAUCCAAAAUGAAUCUACCUGUGAUAAUUUGGAUAGUUGUGCAGAAACCAAUAUCCCAUCUUUUAGUAAUACUGCAUCUUAUGUUGUUAUGCCUUUACAAAUUCCUACCAAUGGGGCAUACCACCCUAUUAGUACAGCGUGUCAUGGAGCUUUUGUUUCUGGAAGUGUUUCUUAUUCUGCUCCAUAUGGAACUGUUGGACUACCCAUCACACCUUGGGGAUCAGCCAGAACACAUGAGCAGCAGGCUGUGCUGUCUACAAACUGUUUUCACAGUACUGGUCCUGAAAUGAAAGGCCAUCAAUCUACUAUCCUUGGAAAUCGACCAAGCCCAUCGAUUUCUUGUGAUGCACAUAUUCAGCAAAGUCACCCUGGAGGAAAUUUGAGCAUUGGCCCAAAAGCAAAUGUGCAUACGGGUGCUCCUCCUCCUUGGUUAAAAGCUAAUGAGCAUGAUCCAAACAAUUUGUUACUCAGAAGCUGUGGUCCUCCUGGGAAAGGAAAAUCGAGGAAACUCAACCCAAAGCGUGUUGGUGCUGCAUGGGCAGAAAGAAGAAGAGCUGAAAUGGAAAUGGAGAAGCGAGGCGAAAUUGUUCCAGAAACAUCUGAUUCUAGCUGGCUACCUAAUUUUGGUGGUGUCUGGCAAUCUGGGACCAGAAAGGAAUCGAGGAAAGAUUUUGAGAAGAACCGCAAACUUCAGGACACGAAUAGCAACCAUGAGUUAUCCUUGGAGAUCAAACCAUACAUCAGCAAACGGAUGCGUGCAGGCGUUGAUAAAGCUUCUGACAAUGCUGAACAGCUUGGCAGUCAUCUGGAACAGUAAACAGAUGUACCGUCGCCAGACGUUUAUGAUGGAGGUAGCACCGCGCAGGUGUCUCUGCAGCUGUAGGAGCGCGUCCCCUAGGGCGCAGCCCGAUUGGUUUCCCUGUCAGCUCGUGUCUGGGAAAGCUCAUUUAUGGGCUGCCAAUACGCGGAAUACCAUGCCGAGUGAGUGUUUUGACAAGUGCUCUGUCCUAGGCUGGUGGUAUUUCUCGGCAUGAAGAGAGCAGCUCGUCCGGUGACUGAAUGUGAGGAGUUUUUCGGCAUGAUACUGGCUGGUCUGUCUGGUCAGGGGGCGUCUUGGUGCGUUGCGUCCAACAAUGUGGCUGAUGGACCCUUCCUGCAUUGAUUCCGUGCAUCGAGCAGUUUUGAUCUGAGCAACCCCACGUGGCUUCAUUGACACGAGCGGCCUGGGACGUGGGUCAUUGUUGUUGGCACGAAAUGUCUGGAUAGCUCGCUUCCUGUGCCGGUUGUUUGAUACCCGCUGGGCACGAUUAAAUCGAGGUUCCCUGGUUUUGCUUCCUUA